AGAGAAGCUCAACAUUUUUUUGGCUCUUGGGUUCGAACUGCCCAAGGCCCAUGUUUUGGUCAUCUUUUUUUUUAUGCCCCACCAUUUGGGUCACCCCUGCCAAUCAUUCCAUCUUUGUUCCUACCCUUCACGUGUGCUUUCCGAAGCCAAAGUUCCCAUUCAACAACUCUCCUUGCGUUUUUUUUUUCUUGAAGCUUGUCACCCGUCGAUAGUUUCUGCCAUUUGCAAUGGCUGACUCGGUUGCCAAUUAUUGCUCCGAUUUCCCAGUCCAAGUGAUGAGGUGUAGUGCAUCUGCACCUCAGGUUGAUAGUUGGUCGCAGUUGCAGAUUUGAUCACGUCGGCAGGCCAUGUCGCAUUUCAUCUCAACCAGCCACGCCUUUGGAGGACAGACAAGACAUGCAGGCAGACAGUGACAGCCAGCAGAACAGUGCAUGCUCGAUUCAACUGUCGUGCAGCAUGCGGAAUCCAUAUGCACCGCCGUUAUCCAUCUGUGCUCAUCGGCAAUUUUCCAUCAAUGCUACAAUGGCCGCAUUUCAGAUUCGUCCAUCGGCCUGGACUGAAUGGAUAUGUAUCCUGUCACAUCAUAACUCGUCUAGUUUUUUCUUCGGUAAUCUGGAACGUCACCUCUCUUUACCCGACAAUUCGGAGUCUUCCCGGGUAGUACGAACUACUGUCCAAAAACGGCGCCUACCCACGACACUUGACAUUCAGGGCCAGGACUGAUCCCACGCAAAACCUUGGGCGACUGAGUCGGAUAAAGUGCAUCCGGCACAUCAGCAUCUCCAGGAUUCCAUCUCCAUCAUUGCCAUGUUGACGGUCUUCGGUCUGAUUAGAGGUCGACACCACAAGCAAGGGUUUCGUUUCACGAAGCAGAGAUGGUUACCUUUUCUGACUGACCAUUCACGCAAGGCCAGAGGUGAACGCAUGGGAAAAAAACAUGACACAGCUGUUAUCGAGACGCGCCCUGCCCAAGGAUGGGCAAGAUUACAAUUCCCUGACAGAGUGGGCAAAGUCUAUCUAUAAUCAUCUCGUCUCUUCGGUGAGGCACCAAGAUCCAGAAACAAUUUGAUCAAUGGAACGAGGCUCAGCAAUAGCUAUCCAAACCUCCAAUGAGAAGGAGUUUUUUUUUUUCUUUCAAAAAAAAAAAAAGAUUCCUCAGGAUAGAGGGGGGAGUGACAAAGUCGUCUCUAAUCCACAGUUUCCAGUCUUGUUUCCAUGCACAUUGCUAUCACAUUGGUCUUGGGGAGCAGAGAAAUGUCCGGCUGGUCAGAAAUAUUUUAAAGCCGAGACCAGCAACGUAUAUGCCACAUCUGUCCCGUUGAGCAAAAGUCUAACUUCAGCUCAACGGUGAAGAGCAGACUUGCAGGCUGACAAGCCAAACAUCAGAUCAAGUCCGUUCCCCAUGUUUGGCUCCGCAUCCCCUCAGCAUUCCAUCCCCGUCUCUUUCUUUAUUUCCUUGGCUGUUUUAAUGCGUUGCAGGCCAGCCAGCUGCACGUCACCGAAGGGUAAGCAUAAACUGCCACGAUGUGCGGGAGCAGACUCUGCAGCGGCUGUGCGUGCGUUGAUUGUAUCUGGGUCACUUCCACAUUAUAGCUACCACUUGCUUCAAAACAACCAAACCCCCCCGGCUUUCUACAUUAUCAAGAUCUCCUAGCUCCCGUCUGGAUUUCCUCAACCCCCCCCUUUUCCUUUUUGCAAUAGUCCGAAUGCGGUGCUCUGGUCAAUAGCCCACAGGGUUGUCUCGGCAAAAAAUAUGAACAUGCUCACCAUGUCUUCCCCAGUCGGCAUGCCGCUGGCUCCACCACAAUCGCAACUGAUACCAUGGAACGUCCAGCCUGGCCUCCCUGUCGCAGACAGGCCGGCACCCGGAGGGGAGGCCACCGACAAGAUCGCCCCAAAGCCCUGCCUGACGUGUAGGAGACGGCACGUCAGGUGCGACAAGCAACUCCCACGAUGUCACCGGUGCGUGCGGUUCGGGCGCGUGUGUCCCGGCUAUGCACCCAGCACCCGUGGCAAGUCACAGAACGGGUCAAGUAAACGCCCGCGGCUGGGAAGUUCGGCCUCGGACGGCGGUGUCUUGACUGUGCCGUUGACCGUCAAGACGGAGUUUGGUGAUUUGGGCAAAGUCGAUCCCGACCUGGAGAUGCAUCAUUCGAGUACUGAUCUGAGCACCGCAUCAAUGUGGAGCAUCCUGGACAACCAAGUGAUGAGUGCGGAUUCACCGUCGAAUGCCUUCAGCGUUUGCUCGUCAAUGGGCGACGAUGAAGAUUCUCAAUGGCUAUCAGUCUUGCGAAAUGAGGAAACCACGCCGUGUAGAUACUUUGUAUCCAUGGUUCCAUUCAGUCCACUCAUCCGCAACUUGUUUUUAUUACUAGCAAGCUACCUUGGUCCCAAGGCAAGCGAGUCAAAUUCACCGGGCGACGUAGAGCUUCUACGUCGCAAAUCGGAGGCCUUGGAGGGAUUCAUCCGGGGAAUCGACGACGGCGACAAGUCAGACGUCAUGGUCGCUGCCACGGUCCUGCUAAUAUGGGUUGGCUUCCAUGAUGAGGAGCUCGGGGCUUUCUUCGGCAGCCACCUGUUUGCCCUAAGAGAGCUGUUAAGAGCCCGAGGCGUGCCGAAUCAGUCGAUGGGUGAUGCAGCAUUACCGUGGCGCCCUCGGCCGCUUUCAAUAUUCCAAGAGUAUUUUGAGGAGAUAUACGUGGUACUCGGGACGUUGGGCACCACUCUGCUCCCGCAAAAGGAGGAUCUGACGCUUCUUUUCCCAGCGCCCGCCGUGGCAGCAAUAUGCGGACGGGCCGAAAAGAGGUCCUGGGUCGGCUGCCCAGGUGAGCUGUUGCAGGUGCUAGCGGCGGUGAACAAGCUCUCCGCCGGCGCCCCGGCCAAGCCCGCGUCGGCCAUGGGCGCGACCGGCCCACCGACUCCGCCGGCAUCCGACGAGUGGAUCGCGACGCUCUUCCAGCGACUGGCCGAAUUUUCACCGCGGGAGUGGGCGAACCAGAGCGACAAGCACCAGCAGCAACAGUGCACGCCGGCAAACAGCUGCUCGCCUGCGCCUUCCCCCAUACUCGAAGACAUGGCGAGCACCAACGACGACCGCUUCCACCUCGCGAGCGCCUACAAGGGCGCCAUCUACAUUUACGCCUGCCGCGCGCUCAGGAUCCGGUCGUGUCCGCAGCUCGACGGCUUCGUCAACGAGGUCGUAGGCCACCUGGAGCGCGUCUCGACCGAGAGCCCGCGGUUCGGAAGCACCAUGUGGCCUGCCGUCAUCGCGGGCAUGGAGUCGGGGUCGACCUGGGCUAGGGAAUCCGUACGAGGCCUCUUGCAGCGCCACCGGGCGACUGCUGGCCCGCAGUCCCUGCACUUGGGGCGCGCGGAGGCGCUACUGGAGAAGUUGUGGGCCGAGUCCCAUGGUGGCCUCGGUCUGAGGUCGUGGUUAGAUUUCGUCUAUGAUUUCGAGCUUGAUUUGAUUGUCAUCUGAGCAGAGACAAUCUUUGUUAUUGCUUUUUUUUCAAGGGGCGUUUUUAUCUUUUAACUUGUUAUUAUCCCUCUCCCACCAUUUGCUCUUUUUUAUAUAUACCCGCCCUUGGAGGCUAAUGUGGGUAUCAUCCCUAAAGGCGUAGCGUCUCACUUUUUUCUUUCUCCUGUCGGGGGAAAAAAAAAGACAAAUGUUAUUAGACAAACAAUACCCCUCGGACGCUCAGGAUGUAUGAAUAAUGCGUGCUUUUUAGGGGGGUUAUAAAAAGGAAAGCACGAAGGGAUGGUAGCUUGGUCUGCCGGAGCGUGCAACCCUGGAGCUUGUUGUUUUUAUAUAAAACAGGACAUCUAGAUCAAGUUCGUCAAAACGACGAUUACUAUUGAGCCUAGUACAAUCUCAGCAUCUCAGCCAUAUAUUCUGACCGGUCAAGAUAACCAGUGGAAAACUCCAGCAUAGCCAUUAGAUACCAC